AUGAGUAGAGUUAAGUGGGACAACAUUUUUGAGAAAAAUAUACGUAGUGGAACAACUGAUGCUGUCAAUUUGAAGGAGACAAACACUCCAGCAGCCAUUGACUCUAUUUCAGUGGCUGAGGGCCUUCCAUCCCAUGGUUUUCAUGAUAAAUGUAAUAAUGAGAAAAGUUCCGAUGUUAAUUUAAAUGAACAAAUUGGGAGGAUUCGUGAAGCUUUGCCAAAUGAAGAUUUAAAAAUUGCAGAGCAACCAGUCUUGGAGUUAAACACAUCAAUUUCUGAUAGUUCAAUGGAGGACAAACGGGAAACUGAUGCACUUGAACUUGAUGAGAUGAAAAUGGAAGAUGAUUCCACUGCUGCAAAACAUUUAUUGCCAGAUGUUAUAAUGAAAGAUAAAAGGCUUAGUGAAGUGAGCACUGCCUCAGGUGGAUUGAGAGUGAAGUCAAGGUUUAUUCCCCUUCAGGCGAUUGCUGAAUCCAACGCCUUUUAAGAAGAAAGGUAAAACAAGCAAGAGAAGAACUAAGCUAAAGUAAUUUUUUUUCCGGAUUAUCAUUUUUACAU